AUGAAGCAGGAGGAGCUGCAGAACAAAGCAGCAACCUACAGCUAUGAUAAGCCCCAGGUGGUGUUCAUCUUUGACGGUCUGGACGAGUGUCGACUUCCUCUGGACUUCUAUCGCAAUGAAAUUCUGACUGAUGUUACAAAGUCAGGUUCACUGGGUGUGCUGCUGACAAACCUCAUCAGGAGGAAACUGCUUCCCUCUGCCCACCUUUGGAUAACCACACGACCUGCAGCAGCCAUCUGCAAUCAGAUCCCGCCUGAAUGUGUUGACAUGGUGACAGAGUUCAGAGGAUUCACUGACCCCCAGAAGGAGGAGUACUUCAGGAAGAGGUUCAGAAAUAAGAAUCAGGCCAGCAGGAUGACAUUUCUGGUCUUCAUCUUACUGUCAUCUGAGAAAGAGCUGGACAUGUUUGACCUGAAGAAAUACUCUGCUUCAGAGGAGAGUUUUCUGAGGCUGCUGUCAGUGGUCAAAGCCUCCAACAAAGCUCUGCUGAUUGACUCUCUGGCUUCAGUUCUUAGAUUACAGUCCAGUCUAAGAAUGUUGGACCUGAGCACGAAUGAUCCGAGGGAUUCAGGAGUGAAGCAGCUCUCUGCUGGACUACGGAGUCCACAAUGCAGACUCAAAACUCUCAGGCUGAGUUGCUGUGGUCUGUCAGAGAAAAGCCGUGGUGUUCUGGCUCCAGUUAUCAGCUCUGAGUCCUCUUGUCUGAAAGUUAGAACAAGUGUUCUAAGUAACAAUGACCUGCGUGUUGCAGGAGUGAUACUGCUCUCUGGUGGACUGGGAAGCCCUCGCUGUCGACUUAAAACUCUCAGUCUGUCAGGCUAUCAAGUAACAGUGGAAGGCUGUGCUUCUCUGGCCUCAGCUCUGAGCUCCAACCCCUUCUAUCUGAGGGAACUGGACCUGAGCUACAAUCAUCCAGGAGACUCAGGAGUGAUGCUGCUCUCCUUUAGACUUGAGGACCCACUCUGCAGACUGGAAAAUCUCAGGAUGGACAAUAAAGGACUACAGAGGCUGAAAACAGAUCUGAGGAAGUCCCCACAACAAAGAGCAAGUUCCAGAAUAUUCCUCUUGCAGGAACACACUUAGGCGACGUACAAGCAGAAGACGUUACACGUGAAGCGGGGAGAAAAGAGGAGCAAAGAGGAGUGCAUGGAGCACAGGACUGAACUUGAAGGUGAUUCUCUCUAGUCAAGUACAGUACUGGAUUAAGAAUCAUCAACAUGUCUGCCAGACUUGGUGUCAUACUGCAGGAAGAAAUCUGCAAGCUUUCCUUGCCCUCGGGAAUCCCUUAGACUGUGGAGGAAUUGAAGCAUACUGUACAAGAGACAUUUGCAAUCGAACAAGAUUUUAAUGGUCAGUUUUUUACUCUCCUUGAAACUAACGAAAUAAAGGACAAAGACACUGUCAAGGUGGUUCUUGUUAAGCCAGUGAUCACAUUGACACUUGAGGAUGCAUUGAAUGCUAAACAGUCCUAAGAGAGCUUUGAUAGCAGCUGUGCUGAGGAAGAUGUUGGUCCAGUUCCACUGUGUUUAGUGAUACCAUAAUUCUGUCUUCUCCAGUGAGCGCUUCCUCCCUUCAUUUUGUGCCUUGGCCAGCUCAGUUUGAGAUACCUACCUUCUCCUUUGACACAGAACUUGUUCUACAAGCUGCAAAUGAAGCUUACAAAGAGGACGGAACCCUACUCACCAAUCCUGCAGUAAAAUCUGACAUCCUGAACAAAUUAGCAGAGUUCAUCUUUGUCUACACAGCCAAUCCUUCACAAGCCCGAAGGGAGCAGGUCGCUGAGGCCCUGGUUACGAAGCAUCCGUGUUUGAGGGACCCAGUGUCCUUCAAUGGUUUAUAUAAUUGGCACAACAGCCUGAAGUACAAGUUGGGCACAACGUUAACUGUCUGAAGAGGAAAGCAGUUGCAGAUAGAACUCCAGCAAAAGGCUUGAAAAAGGCAAAGAAAUCUGAGGUUAACUACCUCCCACCUCAUCCUCAAGGUGAAACUGAUGCAACCCUUGAACAGGAGAGAGUGGAGCUUCUGUAUGAGUACAAGAAGAGAUAUAACAAGCUCAUCAAUGAGAAAAUGGCCAAAACAUUCUCACUGCGUCGAAAUGAUGUAAUCCUCAAGAAACCACCUGUGAUUGACCUCAAAACUCGAUGGCCUGCCCUGUUUGAGCUUUCCCAGAUUGAGAAGGAAUUCCGUAGGAUCACACUGAAGCCAUUACAGUCCACAUUCCUGGGGAAGUUGGACCAAUAUACGCCCAAACUGUUGUGCCUGUACAGGAGGAAGGGGGGAGCCACUGGGAAGAAACUUGAUGAGAGCCUUGACAUGUUAAAUGAGGACCACAGCAUUGAGUUCUGAAGAGAAGUUGUAAUCAGAGGCCUCAUUCUCUACCUUGGUGAGAAGACGGAGGAUUUAAUCAAAGACUACCAAGUUUUAGAUGAUGAUGAUGUCACAGCCAUCCAAGAGGACCUUACUACAUUUGUCCUCAACAUCUUUGUGGUCAGCAAAGCCAGGGAUGACAGUCUCAACAAGCAAGCUGGAAUAGCCAUCGAGGGAGCAGAGGUCCUUUUUGGUAUUCCUGAUGUGGCACAUGCUUGUACUUACCUGAUGGGUCUUAUCUAUGCCAUGGAACUGAGCUACCCUAAGAAACUGAAAUACACCUUUGGGGUUUUUCAGAAGAUCUUCCUAGAGCUAGAGGAUGUGAACAACAAGAUGUCCUUCAUUCCAUUCCUUCAUUCAUGAAUGUCAGAUUACAUUCCUAAAAGCCAUACAGACUUGGUUGAAGGCAGAGGGUUUUAGUGAACCCCCUCCUGUCAAGGUUUACAGUUGUGGUGUUUACACUGCAGUGUCGCAGGUUCUCCCAAUGCACUUUCUCAGGUUCUCAAAGUCUCGACGUGCACUUUCUCAGGUUACACUGAUCUGUUUUGAUGCUGGUGUUUGCUUAUUUGGGGAAUGUAUUGUAUGUAUUGUAUUAUAGUGUAAAUUCCAUCAGUUCUCUGUACUUUUAAUGCCACAAAAUUCGGCCCUGGUCAGCUCAGACGAAUCCUUGUCACCUAGGUUUUAUUACGGGGUUGUUGUUAAUUUAAGGUUGUAAGAGCAUUUUAAGGGAACUCAUGGAGAAGAUCCUAUACAAUGUGGAUGUAUUGUAUUCAUAAUUCAAAAUAAGACCUUACUUCAAGUUGUACAUUGGUUGAACUGCAUUUCAGAAACUUUUGAAAUACAAGUUAAAUAUUUAUACCGAUGGUUGACUCGUGGGUGUUGUUCAGAGUACAUACUGUUGCUCAGUUGGCAGACAGGGUCUGGCCUUGUCCAUUUAUACAUGUGUUCAACACUUCAGCUACAUGGCAGCAUAUUAAUGGAUGUAAUGAAUGGAUUGUUGUAGAAUUUAGCAAACACAUUCAUGAUGUUUAGUCAAUAAAUCCAUUAAAUUUAGUGACUUUAUGGCUUUCUACGAGCACAUUCAUAUUUUCUACACUGUGAACCAUGUCAAUUUUGUCAGUUUAUCUCAAUACCAAUAUGUCAGUUUUCAGUAGUACAUUAAUGCUUUUCAAAGGAAGAUUCCUCUUGGUUGUGGUGACCUUAUGUCCUUUCUCUAGUACCAUCCUCAUGCCAAACUUUUGACUUGUACACAACAUAUCUUUAUGUAAUGCAUGGAGUGCUACGUUAUUUGCUGAGUGUACCCUUCUAAUAAAAUAACCAAUUAUUUGAAUUGCUUACUAGAAAAUGUGAGUAAAUGUAACUUUAAAACAACACUAGCACAUUUGGAAAAACUAUGUAGAUCCCACUUCAAGUAAGGAAAAUCAAAUUAAAGAAAUUAAGUAAGUUUCAAUUAAAAAUGCAUAUUUGUAACUCAAGAAAUUAAGUAGAUAAAACACUCGAAAAUACGCCGGGAAAAUUGCUAAAAUUAAGUAGACUUUACUUGCAAAUAAAUUUUUUAUGUUCAAAAAAUUAAGUUGUUUAUACAAAGACUAGCUUUGCUUGAUCUACGUUAUAAUCUGAUGCAAAAAAUUGCCUCAAUUCUUUUAAGUAGAUCAUGCAGGAUAUUUUUAUCAGUGUAUAACAUGUAUAAGCAAAAGUAACCUGUCAAAAUAUAGUUAAUAUAGUUAUAGUUUCAGAUUUUUUCCCUAUUAUAUAAGCUUAUAUAUAUGGUAAAGUCAAUGUUUGGAAAACGGGUUUUAAUAAAUAUAUGCAUUUUAAAUCCCGCUUCUUUCUCCUCUUUGAAGUGACAUCGCCUGUGUAGUGGCUGAUGGUGCCUGAUUUUGCAUGCCAGGACAUACUGUAUUUCAGGCCAAAGUGUCAUAUUUACCUUUGUUAAGUUAUACUGUUUGUUUGUUGAUGAUUAUAAUGUUAUGGCUGUUUGACCAGUUUUAAAAGAUGUACUCCCGUUGCAUUUGUGGAAUAUCUAUUCAGUCAGUAAAUGCAUAUGUUGUGCUGUCCAGCAGGCUGAGCCAAAUAUGUCCAGUGGUC